UGGCUAAUCUAAUUUUUUGACAAAAAUUUCCCAGAAUAUUCCUUCUUUUUCCUUUCCCUCCCAGGAAAAAACUGGAGAGACCUAGACAAGGCAGAAAAGUUAGACCUUUGGAGAAAAGAAGAACACACAGAAUCAGAAGCCGCCUUCCUCUGCAAGGAAACCCCAGAAAGCUCUCUUCUUUCUUCCUCUCUUUCCUCCUUCCCAACGAAUUCCUUGCUUUCAAACCUCUCUUUCUGUCCUUCCUUUCCAAAGAUCCCAUCUUUACUUCCUGGGCAUAUCAUAGAUUUGGCCACUCUUUCGUUCAGAUUUCAGACAAAGGGUCGACGGUCUCGUUUAUUUCGGUGAACAAAAGAGGGGAAAAUCAGUUCAACAACAAUUCUUCUUCCAGUCAAAGUUUCGUUUCUUACCCCGGUUCAGAAAAGAGCUCUUUUUUCUUCUUCUUUACUAAUCUCUCUGUUUUUCGUGCUCCUUCAAAUGACACAAUGUCCAGCGAAUUCCAUCAACUACAACCAAACCCUCUGCGCUUGCCCACCGGGUUACAUCCUCGACCCGGCAACCCGGCGGAGCUGCUCCUUGUUCAAUGCCAGCUCAGACAUUCACACGGUUUCCGGCGUCGAUUACAAUACCCUCUCUUUCCCAGCCACCAUCUUCGAUUUCGAUUCAAUUCGCAGGUUCACUCAGUCCCAAGCUGUCUUCUUGGAGGCUACUGCUGUUAUGGUGCUUUCUUGGCUCCUGUUUUGCUUCUGUUUGAGGGUUUUCAAGCUAGGAGAUGGCAGGAAUGUCUGGUUCAAGAUUAGGUGGUGGAUUAGUCGCUUGGAUAUUUGCUUUGCCACCAGACAUUGGUUGGAUGAUCAAAGGCCGGUAAUGAAGAGGAAAACUGAACUAGGGGGAACUUUCUCUAUAGCCAGUUGGAUUCUGUUCAUUGGGCUGUUUGCUGCGUUGCUGUACCAAAUAAUAUCAAAGAGAACGAUCGAAGUCCAUAACAUAAGAGCAAUGAAUGCACCUGAUCUGGCUGCUUUCCUCAACGACAUGGAGUUCAACAUAACCACUGUAUCGAGCAUGAGUUGUUCAAACUUACGUGGCCUUGGAAACUUGGUCACUGGGAGGUCUGGAUUCGUGGACCAGAGAGUCGUCCCUCUUCGGAACUUUGUGAACUACACUUGCAUGAACACAACUAUGGGCCCCACUCUGUCUUUCAAGUGUACUAACUGCCAGAUCAUCACAGAUUCACUGUUCAUCUCGUGGCAAUUUGUUGAUAUUCCUGGUAGCCCUGCAGCUGCUGUAGCUUUCCAGUUCAACCUCACUGCAAAUUACCAUGGUGAUAAGAAGCAUGUGAGUGCAGUCGGUGGCACUGUGAAGAAUGGAAGCACUUUGAAUAGUCAACCCGUUACAUUCAGAGGGACUGAUAGAAAUAUAAUCAGAUUCAAUCUGUUUCCUCGGAUUUACCAUAAUCUACGUGAUCUGAAGCUCAUCCAACCUCUAUUUCAUGACUUCCUUCCUGGUUCUUUUUACACCAACCCGACUCAGCUCCAGAACUCCCUUCAAACUUCUGUUGAUGGCUUAAUCAACACCACAUUGUACAUCAACUACCUCUCGUCUUACGUCGUCGAGAUUGAAAAUCAGAAUAUAAUGGGUCCUGUGAGCUUCCUUGCCGAUCUAGGUGGUCUAUAUUGCAUCAGCAUUGGCAUAUUUUUCUACCUGAUGGUGCAAUGCGAGUACAGAAUUAAGAAAUUGCGGAAUGAAGACAGAACUAUGCGGAACAUCAGGAAAAGACUAAAAGCUCAGGCACGCUGGGAGAAAUUGAGGAAAUACGUGAUCUACACAUGGGGAUGCAGCGCGCUGGAUGAUGACUUGCGAAACAAUAAUAAUGGCGAAUCGAGUUGCAGUUUCAUGCUUCCAUCAGUGAAUCGGAAUGGGUCCUUGCAUGGAGGGGGAUCAUCGAAGAAGAGGUCAAAGAGAUUGGAUUCCAUCAACUUCAACAGGAAUGCUGCUUUACCCAGUGAAAAGAAUACAAUUCUUGAGCUUAACCCUACACAGGGAGUGACAUCCCUAGCUGGACAUGGGUCAUCAACCUCUAAAGAGAGAGUAAAGGAUAAUGCAAAGAAAAGCCAUAAGGAUCAGAACCCUCGCUCCAAAACUGGCGAGAAACAAGCAGCAGCCGGAGUGUCAAAAGGAGACUCCAAGCAACCUCAACUGCAUUCCACUAGAGAUGUGAAUGAUUUCAUUCCCCCGCCUCCUCCUUUAGAACUCAAGGUUGGAUCUGAAGUAGAGAUGACAGAGAUUUGGAAGAACUUUGAGCAGCUUCAUGAGUACAAUGUCAUGUUGAGAGAGAAGUUUCUGGCCACAGAAUCUCUACUCCAUAGUUUAGCAUCCAAAUCGCCGACUCCCUCUCUAGAGAACCAGACCUAGCUAGUGAGCGUGUAAAAACACCACAUGGGCAUGUUAAAGAUAGGAGCUAAUGUUCAUAUUGAUUCUCCUCCAGAGAGUGUACAGGCAUCAUCGUUUCAGAUCUCCAAGGGAAAUCGACCCUUGCUUGUUGUGAUCCAGCUCGAAAGCUUUUGGUCUUGAUGAUGGUCGCCUAAGCAACUACUUCAGGCUGUGGGGAGGCAAAGAGCUAUAUGUUCUCUGUGCCAAAGCUCAAGGGUUGAUGAAGGGUGUGAAGCGUCUGGGGACUAACUGGUGGGAUGACUGUGGAGUUUGGUAAUCUGUACAUUUUGCAGAACCGUUGGUUGGUUUAUUCUUCUUUUUGUAUAUUUGUUGACGACGGCCGUGCACAUAUCAAUUUUGACAGUCUUUCUAUCAGUUUGUGCUGUUUCAUGUCCCUACUUCUCCAGUUCCAGUUCCAGUU